AUGGUCUCAGAAAGUCAAUUUGGUGGCCAUCCAUCUGAGGAACCCACCAACCAUUUGCAGAGGUUCAACCAACUGUGUGGUUAUGAUUUUCUUGCCAACUUAGCUGCCAACCAUUACAGCACCACCAGAUCCACAUCUAAGAAGGGAAAAUUGGAUGUCGAUGCUUAUGCUCUAUUGUCCUCACAAGUGGCAGCCUUGAACCUGAAGAUCGAUUCUUUGAAGGCUCCUCAGUCUAGUACACCCCCAAUGAGUAUCAAUGCUAUGUCUAGUGUAGCUCCAGUGACAACUUCUUACUGCGAAGUAUGUGGCAUCCAAGGUCACUUUGGUCAUGAGUGCUCUUAUAGUUUACAGGAUACUACGCAAUUGGAGCAAAAUCCUCAACCCCAACAACAAUGGUCGCAACCACAGUUCCAUCCACCUCAACCACAUGUUGCUAGGCCUCCAUUUCAACAAGGAGCCUCACAUAAUGCUCCCCCGGGGUUUAAUAGGCCCCCGCAUCAAGGAUAUCAACAACCCCCUCAGAGCAGUGCUACUCCAGAGCCUAACAUGGGUGAUCUGUAUAAGCUCAUUGCAAAUAUGCAGAAGACCGCAGAGAUAGCUCAAAAGAACCAUGAUGAGAGCAUCAAAGAGUUGAAGAAUCAGAAUAGAAUGUUGGAGAAUCAAGUUGCCCAACUUGCUGACACUCUAUCUCAAAGGCAACCGGGUACACUACCAGGGCAACCUACUCCGCCCCAGAACAGAGAAAGUGCCAAUGCUAUCACUCUUAGAAGUGGCACUAAAUAUAAUGGACCCCCGAUGCCCACUGAUGAUGCAACUCUUGCUAAGGGGAACACAGAUGGACCAGGGAAAGCAACUGAUGCAGAGCCUCGAGUCAUGGAAGUUGAUAAUGCUGAUGAUGUUGGUGCAAAUAAGGGGAAAGAGAAGAUUUCUGAUUCUCUCCCUAUCGUGCCUAAGUUACCUUUCCCUCACCGGAUGCAGAAAACUAAGGUCGAUCAACAGCUUGGUAAGUUCUUGGCAAUGGUCAAGAAUCUUGAGGUAACGGUCCCUUUUACUGAUUUAAUAUCUCAAGUUCCUGUUUAUGCAAAAUUUUUGAAAGAGAUGAUCACUAAGAAAAGGGAUUAUGGUGGUGUGGAGAGAGUCGCUCUAACUGAAGAGUGUGCAAGUGUGUCUGUCAUGCCCCUUUCUGUCUGUAAUAGGUUGAAUAUGGGAAAACUAAAAUGCACACAAAUCACGUUGCAAAUGGCAGAUCGUUCUAUAAAGUAUCCCUUGGGUAUUUUGGAGGAUGUUCCUGUCCGGGUGGGGAAAUUCUACAUUCCUGUUGAUUUUGUAGUGCUAGAUAUGGAGGAGGAUAGUCAAAUUCCCAUAAUUUUGGGUAGGCCAUUUUUAUGUACUGCAGGUGCUGUCAUUGAUGUCAAGUCCGGGUCUCUUACUUUGAGUGUUGGUGAUGAUACUGUUACUUUUAAUCUAACCAAUGCUGUGAAGUCUCCUAUGCUUGAGAAUACUUGUUGCAGGAUUGAUAUUGCAGAAGAAAUUUCUCUAGACAACAUUCCUAGAAUGUUGUAUGAUGAUCUAUUGCUGGCGACUCUCACCUUGCAGGCCCGAAAAGGAGAAGGAGAUUGUGAGAUUGAUUCCUUGAUCUCGGAUUUAGAUGGAAGUGAAGCUGAGAAGGUCGAUGGUUUUGAGGUAUUAGAAACUGUUUGCUCUAUUUCCGAGCCACAGGCAAUCGGGUAUAGCAUUGACGAUCUCAAGGGCAUUAGUCCUGACUUUUGUAUGCAUAGAAUUAAUUUGGAAGCAGAUCACCGCCCUCGCAUCCAACCACAACGUCGUUUGAAUCUUAAUAUGCAAGAUGUGGUGAGAAAAGAGGUAGUGAAACUACUUGAUGCGGGCAUCAUCUAUCCCAUUUCAGAUUCUAAAUGGGUGAGCCCGGUGCAAGUCGUUCCUAAGAAGGGGGGGACAACGGUCAUUAAGAAUGAUAAGGAUGAGCUUAUCCCUACUCGUGUUGUCACAGGUUGGCGUAUGUGUAUAGAUUAUAGAAUGUUGAAUACGGCCACCUUGAAGGAUCACUUUCCCCUCCCCUUUAUUGACCAGAUGCUAGAAAGAUUAGCAAAACACAACUUUUUCUGUUAUUUGGAUGGAUAUUCAGGUUUCUUUCAGAUUCCCAUUCACCCGGAUGACCAGGAGAAGACGACGUUCACCUGUCCAUAUGGAACUUUUGCAUACCGCAGAAUGCCGUUUGGCUUGUGCAACGCCCCUGCUACAUUUCAAAGGUGUAUGAUGGCCAUUUUUUCUGACUUCAUCGAGGAUAUCAUGGAGGUAUUUAUGGAUGAUUUUAGUGUUUAUGGUUCUGACUUUGAUGUAUGUUUGCAUAAUCUUUCUAAAGUGCUUAAACGUUGUUCUGAGGUGAAUUUGGUAUUGAACUGGGAAAAGUGCCACUUUAUGGUCAAUGAAGGAGUGGUACUUGGUCAUCUUAUUUCUGAGCGUGGCAUCCAAGUUGACCGAGCAAAGAUUGAGGUGAUUGAGAAACUUCCCCCUCCUGUGAAUGUCAAGGGAGUGAGGAGUUUUCUCGGUCAUGCGGGUUUCUAUCGCCGUUUCAUAAAAGAUUUUUCUAAAAUUGCGAAACCCCUCACUCAAUUACUGCUCAAGGAUGCCACAUUUGAGUUCACUGAUGCUUGUUUGGAGUCUUUUGGCAGGAUAAAGAAAGCAUUGAUAACUGCUCCGAUCAUUCAGCCUCCGGAUUGGGAUUUGCCGUUUGAAAUUAUGUGUGAUGCGAGUGAUUAUGCUGUUGGAGCAGUGCUUGGCCAAAGAAAGAACAAGGUGUUGCAUGCCAUCUAUUAUGCAAGCAAAACCUUGGAUGGAGCUCAGAUGAAUUAUGCUACUACUGAGAAAGAGCUCCUUGCGGUUGUUUAUGCACUUGACAAAUUCCGGACGUAUCUUGUUGGAUCGAAAGUCAUUAUACACACUGAUCAUGCCGCUUUGAAGUAUUUGUUGGCCAAGAAAGAGGCCAAACCGAGACUUAUUCGAUGGAUUCUUCUUCUCCAGGAGUUUGAUUUGGAGAUUCGGGAUAAGAAGGGUGCUGAGAAUGUUGUUGCAGAUCAUCUCUCUCGGUUGAAAUUUCAAUCUAGCACAGACGGGCCUAUCAAUGAUUCUUUUCCUGACGAUCAUCUAUUCUCCGUGUCUACUCAAUCCCCAUGGUAUGCGGACUUUGCAAACUAUUGUGUUGGUGGCUCCCAUCCUCCGGAAUUGACAUAUCAACAACGUAAGAGAUUCUACCAUGAUGCUAAGCGGUAUUUUUGGGAUGAUCCACAUUUGUAUCGGAAGUGUGCCGAUGGUAUGUUUCGUAGGUGUGUAGCGGAUUCUCAAACGAGUGGCCAAGUCGAAGUUUCUAAUCGACAGAUCAAGAGAAUUCUCGAAAAAGUGGUCAACAAGUCUCGAAAAGAUUGGUCGUUGAAGCUGGAUGACACAUUGUGGGCGUUGCGCACGGCCUACAAGACUCCGUUGGGGACAACUCCGUAUAGGUUGGUGUAUGGCAAAGCUUGUCAUUUACCAGUUGAAAUGGAAUAUCUCUCUACUUGGGCCGUCAAGGAGAUCAAUAUGGAUUUAGAAGCGGCCGGUGAAGCGAGACUUCUUCAAUUGAAUGAGCUAGAUGAACUACGGUUUGAAGCUUACGAGAAUCAUAAGCUCUAUAAGGAGCAAACGAAGAAGUUUCAUGAUAAGAUGAUUCAAAAACGGGAGUUCAACAUCGGUGAUAAGGUCUUGCUUUAUAAUUCACGACUACGGCUUUUUCCAGGAAAGCUUAAGUCUAGAUGGUCCGGACCUUUUACUAUCACCGAAGUCAAGGAACAUGGAGCUAUCGAGGUUGCUAGUGAAAAUGGCACCAAGUUCAAAGUGAACGGUCAACGUUUGAAGCUAUACACUGAAGGAGCGUUUAUUGGAAAAUUGGAGACAAUCUAUCUCUCCGAUCCACCCACCGACGCUUGA